GCUGGGAUGGGCGUUGGGCUGGAAAGCGGGAGGACGCUCCCGGGUUUACCUGCUUCCUGUUAGAGCAGAUUGCUUCUCCAGAGCAUCUGUUUGCACGCUGAGGCCGAAGCACAGAAGGGGUCCCGGGCAUCUCAUUGGAUUGACAGAGGCACUUGGAUUGGACUUAAUCUCAAACCUCUGGAGUUCAAGACCUUUUAAAAAGGGCUAAGUAAAUAUUCUCUACCUGCAAAAGGCCACCAACUCCUGCUUCCUCUGUGUAGAUCAACUGUGAAGCUCAGCUGCUAGGAGGAAAACUGAAGAUUUUAAUAACAAACCCUCCAAGGUCAAAAUGAAUACAGAUAGCGGUGGGUGUGCUCGCAAACGUGCCGCCAUGUCUGUUACAUUAACAUCUGUGAAGAGAGUUCAAAGUUCUCCAAACCUAUUGGCUGCAGGGCGUGAUUCUCAGUCACCAGACUCAGCUUGGAGAGCUUACAAUGAUGGAAAUCCAGAAGCACUGAAUGGAGAUGGUACAUAUUCCUCUCUUGCAGCCAAAGGCUUCAGAAGUGUUCGUCCCAACCUACAAGAUAAAAGAUCACCAACCCAGAGCCAGGUAACCGUGAACGGCAACGCCGGAGGAGCUGUGAGUCCGAUGAGUUACUAUCAAAGGCCAUUCUCCCCGUCAGCAUACUCUCUCCCAGCCUCCCUCAACUCCAGCAUGAUCAUGCAGCAUGGCAGAUCCCUCGAUUCUGCAGAGACAUACUCCCAACAUGCACAGUCUCUGGACGGCACCACAGGCAGCUCAAUGCCCCUGUACCGAUCGUCCGAGGAAGAGAAAAGGGUGACUGUCAUCAAAGCCCCACAUUACCCAGGGAUUGGGCCGGUGGAUGAGUCUGGAAUCCCCACAGCAAUUAGAACGACUGUAGACCGGCCAAAGGACUGGUACAAGACAAUGUUCAAGCAGAUUCAUAUGGUGCACAAACCAGAUGAUGACACAGACAUGUAUAAUACUCCUUACACAUACAAUGCAGGUCUGUACAACACACCCUACAGUGCUCAGUCACAUCCUGCUGCUAAGACCCAGACCUACAGACCUCUGCCCAAAAGCCACUCUGACAACGGCACAGAUGCCUUUAAGGAUGCGUCCUCUCCGGUGCCUCCCCCACAGGUCCCGCCACGCCCAAGGGACCGGUCUUCAUCAGAAAAGCAUGAUUGGGAUCCUCCAGACAGAAAAGUGGACACCAGAAAAUUCCGGUCUGAACCAAGGAGUAUUUUUGAAUAUGAACCUGGGAAGUCAUCGAUUCUGCAGCAUGAGAGACCCCCCCCUCUCCCAACAUCUCCGACACCUGUCCCAAGGGAACCUGGCCGGAAGCCUCUAUCCACCUCACCCUAUGGAGAAGUUGGAGAAGGGCUGGGUAGCCCUUCCCCUCCGCCCCGGAGUGCCAUCCCCAGGCCUGGCUCCUGCGCCCCUGCGCUCUCUCCCACCCGGACUGAUCGCAUAAAUCCAGAUGACAUAGAUUUAGAAAAUGAGCCCUGGUAUAAAUUCUUUUCAGAACUGGAGUUUGGACGCCCGCCUCCUAAAAAGGCUCUGGACUAUGUUCAAGAUCAUUCUCCUGGUGUUCCCAAUGAGGCCUCUGUAUAUCAGUCCUCUAUAGACAGAAGCUUGGAAAGGCCCAGUAGCUCUGCAAGCAUGGCCAGUGACUUUAGGAAGCGGAGGAAGAGCGAGCCUACGGUGGGUCCACCUAGGGGCUUAGCAGAUCAAAGUGCAAGCAGGACCAGCCCAGGUCGGGACCUCCCAGGAUCAAGUGCCACCCUUUCGAAGUCUUUCAUUAGUUCUUCUCCUUCCUCUCCCUUGAGAGCAAAAGGUGGGGAUGAUAGCAAAGUAUGUCCAUCCCUUUGCAGUUAUUCAGGGCUCAACGGCGCCCCCUGCAGUGAGUUAGAGUACUGUAGCUCGUAUAGACAGCACUUGGAUAUUCCCAGGGACUCUCCCAGAGCCAUCACUUUCAAGAAUGGUUGGCAGAUGGCUCGUCAAAACGCAGAGAUCUGGAGCAGCACCGAAGAAACGGUGUCCCCCAAAAUCAAAUCCCGUAGCUGUGAUGACCUCUUAAAUGAUGACUGUGAUAGCUUUCCAGACCCCAAAAUCAAAUCGGAAAGCAUGGGCUCCCUUCUGUGUGAAGAAGACUCCAAGGAGAACGGCUCCGAGGCAUGGGCAUCUCCCUACAUGCAAGAGGGCCAUGGGAUGGGCAGGUCAAGGAUCCGGCACAGGUUGGCCCACAAUGCCCCGGGCUUCCUCAAGAUGUACAAGAAGAUGCAUCGCAUCAACCGCAAGGAUCUGAUGAAUUCAGAGGUGAUCUGCUCGGUGAAGUCGCGCAUCUUGCAGUACGAGAAGGAGCAGCAGCUCCAGAGCCUGCUGCACGGCUGGAGCCAGUCCUCCACCGAGGAGGUGCCCCGGGACAUGGUACCCACUCGCAUCUCCGAAUUCGAAAAGUUGAUCCAAAAGUCCAAAUCGUUGCCAAAUUUAGGAGAUGAAAUGUUAUCUCCCAUCACCCUGGAGCCCCCGCAGAACGGUCUGUGUCCCAAGAGGCGCUUUUCCAUCGAGUCUCUGUUGGAAGAAGAAACUCCGAGCCGACCCGCGUCGCAGGUUCAACGAAGCUACCCGUCUAAAAGCCUGGUGCCUGUUCACAUCGAAGUCACCAGCGAGGAGCCGCCGCGGGCUCACGUCGAGUUCUCCGACAGUGACCAGGAUGGAGUCGUGUCCGACCACAGUGACUACAUCCACGUGGAAGGGUCCUCCUUCUGCAGUGAAAGUGAUUUCGAUCACUUCUCCUUCACCUCCUCGGAAAGUUUCUACGGAUCCAGCAGCCAUCACCACCACCAUCACCACCACCACCAUCAUCACCGGCACCUCAUCAGCUCCUGCAAAGGCCGCUGCCCUGCCUCCUACACUCGAUUUACCACCAUGUUAAAACACGAAAGAGCCAAACACGAAACCAUCGAACCACCCCGAAGACAAGACAUGGACCCUGGCUUGUCUAAACUUGCAUUUCUAGUCAGCCCUGUGCCUUUCAGGAGGAAAAAAAAUGUAACUCCCAAAAAGCAAGCUGAAAAGGCCAAAUGCAAAGCUUCAGUGUUUGAGGCUCUGGACUCCGCCCUUAAAGACAUCUGUGACCAAAUCAAAGCUGAAAAGAGGAGGGGGAGUUUGCCAGACAACAGUAUAUUGCACCGUCUCAUCAGUGAACUGCUGCCAGAUAUUCCUGAAAGGAAUUCGUCACUGAAAGUUCUAAGAAGGAGCCCCACGCACCAGCCUUUCCACCCCCUGCCUCGAGAUGGUGCUAUCCACUGUCCACUGUACCCAAAUGAUUGCGAGAGAAUGCCUCGCAGUGCCUCUUUCCAGGAAGUGGACACAACCAUCAAUUACCACCACCAGGACCCUGAGAGUGCUCUGAGUUUCCAAGACCACGAGUCUCCUAGAAGUUACUCGUCGGUUUUGACGGACCUGGGUCGAAGUACACCAAGGGAACGACGGGGAACUCCAGAUAAAGAGAAACUUCCUGCAAAAGCUGUUUAUGAUUUUAAGGCUCAGACAUCUAAAGAGUUGUCCUUUAAGAAAGGAGAUACAGUCUAUAUCCUGAGGAAAAUUGAUCAAAACUGGUAUGAGGGAGAGCAUCAUGGACGAGUGGGCAUUUUCCCAAUCUCAUAUGUGGAGAAACUCACCCCUCCUGAAAAAGCACAGCCUGCAAGACCCCCUCCCCCAGCCCAGCCUGGAGAGAUUGGAGAAGCCAUAGCUAAAUACAAUUUCAAUGCAGACACAAAUGUGGAGCUGUCACUGAGAAAGGGAGAUAGAAUUAUUCUUCUGAAAAGAGUUGACCAAAACUGGUAUGAAGGGAAAAUUCCAGGAACCAACAGACAAGGCAUCUUCCCUGUUUCCUAUGUCGAAGUGGUCAAGAAGAACGCAAAAGGUGCUGAUGACUACCCAGACCCUCCAGUACCCCACAGCUACUCUAGUGAUAGAAUCCAUAGCUUAAGUUCGAACAAGCCACAGCGUCCUGUGUUCACUCAUGAAAACAUUCAAGGUGGGGGGGAACCGUUUCAGGCUCUAUAUAACUAUACUCCUAGGAAUGAAGAUGAGUUGGAACUCAGAGAGAGUGACAUCAUUGAUGUGAUGGAAAAGUGUGAUGAUGGAUGGUUUGUGGGAACCUCAAGAAGAACCAAAUUUUUUGGUACUUUUCCAGGAAACUAUGUCAAGAGGCUGUGAAUCACUCUCCUUCCUUAUUUAUGCUACAUUUCAGCAACACAUCUGCAUAAACUUGCCUGAAACACCCCCCACCACCACUGCAGGCCUCUUGCCCUUUUUUCCUUCUGGUUUCCAGUCCACCAUGACCAUCUCCAUCCACCUGCCAUCACCAAACCACCAGCAAAGUUGACUGCCACUGUGAGCCUUGGAGAAGCAGGGUGGAUGCACAACCACAUGCAAGUGUGCUUUCCUGCUUUCUGCUCCAGACUUUGAAAAUCUCAUGGGUAGGAUCAGAAAGAAAAUCCUCAGGCAGUAAAGGAAAAUGUCGCCGAGAGGCUCUCUGGUGUCACAAUGAUAUUUCAACUUCUCCCUCACAGAGCAACCAGAAGAUGGUCUAUUCUGACUUGCUGUGGUUUGUUCCUUCCCCCUUCUUAGCUUGGAAGUAUAUGUUGCUUUCACAAGUUUGCCUAGUGUCCUGGUUUACACUAUAGGAAAACUGUACUUCAGCUAUUGUUUGCCUGCACUUAUAUGUUGUUAUAUGCACAGUGACUGAAAAAUCUAAAGCGAGAGUAGGAAAGUUAAUUUGGGAUGGUGCAACUUUGUUGAUCAAAUAUAUACAUUUUCAGAUAGAAAUCUUGACCUGCAAUUUUUUGUACUUUUUUAGAAGUGCAAACAGUGAGUGAAUAAGAGCGUUUGGUGAUUAUAAUAGGACUACAAGAGGUUUAGCUAGACAGCAGGGGGAAAUUAAACUUGUGUUGUAAAGUUGCAUUGCUAUUUUAUAUUAAAAUGUAAUCAUCAGCAUCUUGGACAAUGAGCUCUUAGUGUUUUAUUUAUCUGAGAAAACUUAAAUAAAGCAGUGUUAGUGAGAAGUGCAAAGAACUAUCUAAACAUAGACGCUUGAAAGUAUCUGUAAGCAAUACUAGUAGGUAAGAUUUCACUGUGUGUACACAUACACAUUUGAGAUUGUAUGAGAACAUAGAAUGCAUAUGAUAGGCUGUACAUUUUAUGAAAAUGUAAAAGAAUCCCACAUAUUGUUUUAUAGAAAUAGAAUACUUCAGAAGCAUCACAAGUGUUAAGGCUGGUUUUAGCAAGGAUUAUAAUCAAUACAAUUAUUUUUACUAUGAUACUUAUUUUUCUUCUAUGGAACCCAGAAUCCUGGCUACAUUUGAGGACAGGAAUAUGUUAAGCCUAAUUUUUCUGGUGUGCGUAAAAUAUUUCCUAGAAAUAAAUUAGGCAUGUUUUAAAGACAGUGUUAAAUCAUUCAGGUUAUACUCUCUGCCUCAAUGCAGAAAUUUACAAAAUAUUGAACCUGCAAGAUUUAAUAGGGUUAACAGUGCCUGUAUUACACACACCCUGAGAAAUAGCUUAGUACUUCUUAUGACUUUGCAUAAGGAUGAUUCAUCUUUGGAUCUUGAGCACCUUAUAGAUAAAACUUUUUAUGGCAUUUCUUCAGCGUAUGGUAACUGAUCUUUUCACAAUACAUAGAUUCAGAUUUUGUACAUAUGUCUGGAAUUUUUUUUGUACAGACUAGUUGUUGUGAAAACAGGGAAAUUUCCUAAUUUGGUCUUUAUUCUGCACUUAAACUAAGCUAAAACACAUUCAACAGAUGACCUUUUAUGUAUUUUACAGAUCACAAGCACCCCUGGGGAGUGUUGAUUCUGUAAGAUAGCAUUUAUGCAAAAAUUUAUGAAUUUAAAAGAUCUUAGCAGCCAAACUGAAAUGUUCGUAGGUACUAUCAAAUGCAAAGAAAUUCCAUUGGGAAGAAGGGAAAGGAAUAUCUUUGAGCAGCCCACUUUGAUUACUACCUAGUUCACAGCCAGCUUUAUAUUUUCAAGGCUCUGGGUUUGAAAUUCAGUCAACUGCAUGCAGCUUUGCUGACAAAGAAUUUACAAAACAAGAUUUCAAUAUCUGUUGCCUGUCAUAUUUAAGAAAAAAGUACAGUUUCUACUCUCUGUAUCUGAUUUUAAAAGAAAAAAUAUUCAUACCUGGCGUUUAGGUAUUUCACUUUUAAUUCUUACAAGCAAAGGUCAUUGUGUUUUUCUUGAGAGAUAUCUAAUAAAUUUUGCUUGGAAGUAUA